UCUGGACACUCCAAAGGAGACGGGGAGUAUUGGAUUGACCCAAAGAAGAGUGGAAACCCUUUGAAGGUCUAUUGUGACAUGUCAACAUAUGGUGGAGGUUGGCUUCUGGUGUCAAAUGUUGAGUUCGGAAGCCCCUCUCCUAAGGUGUCAGUUGAGACAUCAUACCGUGGAAUAGGUAAGUCACACAUGGUUCUGCAGAAAAGUGCCAUGAAAGAGCUCAGAAGACAUCUGUCCUUCACUCAGCUAAGAUUCCACUGCCACAAGAAACAGGGAAGCACAUUCCACGUGGUCACAGCUUCCAAUAGCUCAGGUGAAGCUGUGGUCCAGUACUUCAGCAGUCAGACAGAUGAGCAACCGGAUGCCUGUGGUUCGUAUGUGAGAUUGAAGUGGGAUGACACUUCCAUGUUGGCUAGCAUUUGCAAAGAUUGGGGACUAGCAAAUGGAAUAUACCAUGUUGGAAAGUGGGGACAUGGUGAAGAGCAAAACAGAUUAUACCGGUUCCCUGCCUUCAGACAGUUUAAGUAUCACCUUCGAGUCCAAUUGAAUAACGUUGGUGACCCUAACGAGAUGGAUUGCAAUGAUAUGGCCUCUAAGAGUGUUAUCUCAAUCGGCGAUUUCUGGAGAGUCUUUGUUCGUUAG